ACCGACUUCUCUACAUGGUUUGACGUCACUGAGUUUCCCAACGCCCAAGUUUCAAACGUCUCCCGUUGGCAAGCCGAAGCCCAGGAACUCGCCUGGCCCGAUCUGUGGCAGGAAUACCAGCACCGAUGCAUCAAUUCUCAGCAAAAGUACCCCGAGAUUGGCAGCGCUGCACAGACAGCAGGAUUUGUCACUCCCGCGAGGCCAUUCGAUUCGCUUUUUUUUGUUGGCGCGUCAGGUGUUUCGGCGUGGGCCAUCGAUACCGGCGACGGCCUGAUUCUUAUCGACUCUAUGGACAAUCCAGACGAGGCAGAGCAGGUCAUCAUCCCUGGCCUACAGGCCUUUGGCUACGAGGGAACCGACGUGAAGGCCCUCAUUAUCACUCACGAGCACUUUGAUCACUACGGUGGCGCUCUGUGGCUACAGCAAACAUAUAACAUUACCGUAUAUGCUUCGAAACUCGCUUGGGAGGCACUAGCAGACAUCGACGGCGCACCUGUUCAAGAGAAAGUGUUGGCCGACCGGGACACUUUGACUGUCGGCAACACAUCCGUGGAAAUCUAUGCGACGCCGGGUCACACGCCAGGGUGCGUCUCUCUCAUGUUUCCCGUGUACGAACACGGCAAGAAACACCUAGCCGGGCUCUAUGGUGGUGGCGGCGUCCCGAGCAGCGCAGAGGACAAGGCAACACAGAUCGAAUCAUUCCAGAAGUUUACCAAGCUGGUGAAAGACCGCGGCGCCGAUGUCCUACUUAGCAAUCAC